AUAAUCCCUUCGUUUCCGUUUCUCGCCGACCUUUGUUCGUCUCACUUUUCAUCAAUUUAAUAACCUAUAUAGUAUAACCAUAAUCUUACCACUUCACUUCACUUCUACUCAUCCUCACUCAUCAACUAAUUUUUUGACCCGUUCACAAACAAAUCAAUAGUCAUUCCAAGAUGUUUUCUUCAGCUGCUGCACUUUCCGCUUUCCUCCUCUUGCCUGCCGUCUUAGGUCAAAACCUUACGACCGACUCCUCUACCACCAGUAACACUACUACUACUACUACGUCUGGCACUCCUCCUUCCACCGCUACUGGAAGUGGAACGCCCUUUACGGUUCCAACUGUCACUGGUACGACUUGUGGUACGGCUCAACAAAACUUCAACCAGUGUGUGACCAAGGUCGGCAAGGAUAUCUCAAACUGUCCUCCUACCGAUAACGUUUGUCUUUGCCAGACUUACGCUAACAUUGCUGCUUGCUACAAUGCUUGCCCUGAUCUCCAAGACGGUGCUACCUAUAAAGAUCAAUCAUUGCAGUACUGUGCCACAGCCAAGAUCUCACCACCUUCGGUUUACAACCAAACUUCACCAGUUGUUAACACUACCACCAGUACUACUCCUAUGACCACCCCGGCUACCACUACGUCUACCAACACUAGCUCUUCUCCUGUUGCCUCUGCUAGCGCCUUUGCUCGUAGCUCAGAUGCUUCGAGCUUUGGAUUCUCUUCGGCUCUGUUCGGUAUCACUACUGGUCUUUGUACUAUUCUCUUUGUCUAAGAGAUGAUGGAUCUGUUAUCGUUCUUUUUCAAAGGCUUGAUGAUUCCCUUUUUGGAGGAUUGUUCUUUUUGCGGUUUAUUCAUUCGUUUUAUCUUUAAUGAUUUCAACUCUGAAGAAUCUCUCAAGUUGGAAUUUGGAUUUGGCUCUCUUUCUUUGCUUUUCAUUCUUGUGAUUCUUUUUUUUUGCAACAUAUGGAAAUCCUGCAAUUAUGUUUAAGAUUAUGAUAUUUUUUUAUGUUCCCUUAGUAUAUGCCUCGUGAACUUUAUUUAUGCAAUAAUCUUUAAACUCGUUGAUUUCCUUCUUUUU